AUGGCACAAACGCUAUACUUCAAACUUUUUCUUAUUGCUCUCUGUUCAUUAUCUGAAUGUAUUCAACACCGCUAUCAUUAUAUUGACCUGAGUAAGACCUGGACUGAAGCUCAAAGUUACUGCAGAGAGAAGUACACAGAUCUGGCCACAGUCGACAACAUAAAUGACAUGAAUGAGCUAAAGAAAAGUGUGAUGAAUAAAAGUGUGACCAAGAAUGUGCAUGUCUGGAUUGGACUGAAUAAUACAGGUGUUUAUAAAUGGAGGUGGUCUAUGGGUGACCCUGUAAACUAUACAAACUGGGAAAUAAACGGUUACAUUAAUGGUGAUGGUAAUUGUGUAUUUAUGGGAAAUGGAAAAUGGAAUCAUCAGUACUGUGAUCAGACAUCACGGUUCAUCUGCUACAAUGAUAAGCUGGUAUUGAUCAAUAAGAGUCUGAGCUGGUCUGAUGCUCUGAGUUACUGUAGACAGAAUCAUGUGGAUUUGGUUUCGGUUGAUUCAGAGGAGAUUCAACACAGGGUUAUGGGAUUGGUUAAAAAGGCCUCUACUCCAGAGGUGUGGUUGGGGUUACGUCACUCCUGUGCUCUGGGCGUUUGGUUCUGGAUGAAUGGACAGAUGAUUUGCUAUCAGAAUUGGGUGAACAGUACAGUAGAUAAGAGCUGUGACACUGUGAGAUCUGGAGCUGUUCAGUCUGGAGGAGAUCAGCGCUGGAUCAGCCUUCCUCAAACUGAACUACGCAACUUUAUCUGCAUCAAAUAUGAAGACUGA